AUGGACAGCACCAGACAUAUGGUCGUGGGAAGCACCGAGUGCGACUGCGCUCGUCAUCCAUCCAAAGGUCUGGUAAAAUCGACCCAUGAAUACGUAUGCAUUGUCGAAGCCAGCGCCCGCAAUGCCGUUCGUGAGAACCUCCCGAAGCUUGACAAGGGAAGUUCGAUCGUCUUUGACAUGGACAAGCCCGAGGACUGGGAUGAGAUGGACGAAGAAGCUCGCUGGACAAGCAAGCGCGAGCGUCUAGUCAGUCUCUUCGGGGGCAACAAUCUCUGGUUUGAGGAGGACGGCGACCCUCUCCGCGGCGACUCCAUCAUUACGGUUUGGAGGGAAGACUACUACGCCAGCUUCGAAGCCGCCAACCACCACGACUAUGACGACCACUACUGGAUCGGCAGUCAGGUGCUACCAGCUUUGUGUACCUACACUGAAGAGGACUACAACAAGACACCCCAGGGCGUCUUUGUCAGAAUGCAAGCCUGCAGAGAGGAUCGUGAUGCUGUCUGGCAGAAGCACGUCAGCUCGUUGUUGAUAGCCGCCAUCACGGCAGAUCUCAGAAGCCGAAGACCUGCACUACUGCCGCAGACCGCUCGCGACCUGCUGGACUACCUCAACUCUCCCGGCCACAUCAUCAGUCAAGAUGAGGCCGACGGUCUUCUACGCGAUCUUAAUAAGUCGCAUGCAACUGGUCUUGUCGGUGUCGGAUCCCAUGACAGCACUCCGGACGACCCGUUGUCGAAUCACCCCACCAUGACUAGCAACUCUGCAACUUCGACCACUACUACUGCAGAGGAUCCGAGACCCACGAGGAGUCGUGGCACCAUUGCUGCGCAAUACGACGUACCCGUACUGCGAGCUCCUGGCAGGACGCUGAUUCCAGUGGAGAGACUGCAGAUGCCUCAGAUACGCCCUACGGUUCAGCAACCCACAACUUCUCCCUCUACACGCUCACCACACCAUACCCAAGCGGGCGAGACUACCUCAGCCUCACAACUCGACUCCCCGAACCAUGUGGCUGGACCGGUCAGAAAUGUUCCGCUGCGCAUUCGUCCUAAGCCUUACACUACUGGCAGACCUGGCGUCCAGCAGCAGCAGUCUUACAGCAGACCGACCGUCCCGACCGCUUCUUCGCCGCUCACUCAGCCUCUAGCCUUUCGGCAACAGAUGACCGGCAACGAUUCGAGCAGCCUCGCCUUCUCUCUCAUGUCGCAGCCUACGGAGCACAUCACUCCAGUUACGGCCACCAUGCCACGUCUUGCACCGCGCAUUACUGGCAUCAACAGGACCAACGGCCGCGCAACCCAGCCAGCAGAGCCAGCAGAUCAGAGUCGGAAUGGCCGGAAAUAA